AUGGCAACUGCUCAAGACCCGUUAGAUGGGAUAUCGGGUGUGCUCGAGAACGGUGGGGACGGCAUCAAAGCAACAUUGUUCCUCUUUAUCUCCGUCGCCUGUUAUAAUGCGGUGGAGCUGGUGGUUCUCGUCCUGUCCACUUUCCGACGCUGGCGAGGACUUUAUUUUUGGAGUUUGCUCCUCUCGGGCUGCGUCGGAGUGGUGCCAUAUUCUUUGGGUUUCUUGUUGAAGUUCUUCACCAGCGCCACUUCCAUCCUGUCGGUUACCAUGCUCAGCAUCGGCUGGUGGACCAUGGUCACGGGUCAAUCCUUCGUCCUCUACUCGCGUCUUCACCUGGUUAUUCGUGACGAACGAAUCCUUCGGCGCGUCCUCUGCAUGAUCAUUUCCAACGUCUUCCUUCUUCAUGUGCCUACGACUAUCUUGACCUAUGGCUCGAACGUCGACAACCCACCACGCCUCUUUGUGCGGGGAUACAAUAUCAUGGAGAAGCUGCAGAUGACCGGCUUCACGAUCCAAGAAGUGAUCAUCUCGGCACUGUACGUGUGGGAAACCGUCAAGAUGCUCCGGCUGGGGUCGGAGCCCUCCAAACGAAAGAUCAUGCACCAGCUCGUGGGAAUCAACGUGUUGAUGUUCGUCAUGGACUUGGUACUCCUGGGCCUGGAGUACGCCAACUACUAUGCUGUCCAAAUCACGCUCAAAGGCGCCAUCUAUAGCAUCAAACUAAAGCUUGAAUUUGCGGUUCUCGGCAAGCUCGUCGACGUGGUCCACAGCAACCAGCGGCCGUCGUCGCUCGAGAACGCGGUGCAGUUGAACUCGCUGGAUGCAGGGCAUAGCCCGAUUCCGCUAGCCGAGUCGUCCAGACUGCCGCGGAAUAUGACAUUUUGCACGGUGGCCGGUGCAUUGGCGUGUGGGCCAUCCCGACAGGAAAAUAAAGCUGUUCCUCGAAGGACGGCGAACGGAAAGAUCGUGACGAUGACGGAAGUGUCGACAUGGGUUGAUCAGCGCACAGGCAACAUCCGCGCCUGA